CCUCAGCGUUGUAAAAGAUCUUCCCCUCCUCUCUCUCCUCUCUCUCUCUCUCUAGCUCUGUGUCUCUCUGCUCACCACCAAAUGAAGAAGAAGGAAUCUUAAAAUCUUGCCAGUCACAGCUCAGCUUAGAUAUAGGAAAUUUCACCUGUCAGAGUAAAUAAAAUCUUCACUUGAAACCUCCCUUGGACAGGAGCAGCUACUCCCCUGGACGAGGAACACCCAGAUUUUCCUUUUCCGUUCGUGCCUAAUAAUCUUUGUCGGGAGCGGGACAUAUUGUUGAUUUGUGUAUUUUGUUGCAGUAACUGACAGACAGACAGACAGACAGACAGGGAUAUUCAUACUAAGACUGACCUAAGGUGGAUUCGAAUUCUUCGAAGGAGGUGCUGGUGCUCUUCCUUUGUUUCUGACAUAUAGGUUGGUAUUAGCCAUUGGUCCUUCAUGGAGGAGUGAUCGGUCCGGCUGGCUGGUGGGAUGUUGAAUUACGAUAUCUUGAUUCUUGAUUGGUAGCCUGCAGAGUUGAAGCCCUCUUGGUUUUCAUAUUUGGGGGAAGCUUGUAGGCUUCCAUGGCUAGUUCGAGUGAGAGGUGGAUUGAUGGGUUGCAAUAUUCUUCACUCUUCUGGCCUCCUCCACGAGACCCUCAGCAACGAAAGGCUCAAACCACAGCCUACGUUGAGUACUUUGGUCAAUUCACGUCAGAACAGUUUCCCGAUGAUAUUGCUGAGUUGAUUCGGAGCCGCUACCCCUCCAAGGAGGAGCGCCUGCUGGAUGAUGUUUUAGCAAAGUUUGUGCUUCAUCAUCCAGAGCAUGGUCAUGCUGUUCUUCUUCCGAUAAUUUCAUGUAUCAUUGAUGGCACGCUGGUGUAUGAUAGGAGCAAUCCUCCAUUUGCUUCAUUCAUUGCCUUGGUCUGUCCGAAUAGUGAGAGUGAGUAUUCUGAGCAGUGGGCUCUAGCAUGUGGAGAGAUUCUGAGAAUCUUAACUCUUUAUAACCGUCCUAUAUACAAGACUGAGAAGUUGAGUAGUGAACUGGGGGGAAGCAGCAGCAGCAGUGCUUCAAGGAGUAAAUCUGUCUGUGACCCGACUGCGCAGCCAGAGAGGAAACCUACUAGACCUUUAUCUCCGUGGAUUACUGAUAUAUUGCUAGCAGCACCUCUGGGUAUAAGAAGUGAUUAUUUCCGAUGGUGUGGUGGUGUGACGGGAAAAUAUGCAGCAGGAGAACUUAAGCCACCUACAACAGUUUCGUCCCGAGGAUCAGGAAAGCAUCCUCAGCUCAUGCCAUCAACUCCUAGAUGGGCAGUUGCAAAUGGUGCUGGCGUAAUUUUGAGUGUUUGUGAUGAGGAAGUCGCUCGCUACGAGACUGCAACUUUAACAGCUGCUGCUGUUCCAGCAUUAUUGCUCCCACCUCCUACGACAGCUUUGGACGAGCAUCUGGUUGCUGGGUUGCCUGCUCUUGAGCCAUACGCACGGUUGUUUCACAGGUAUUAUGCUAUUGCUACUCCAAGUGCCACCCAGAGACUUCUUUUAGGACUGCUAGAGGCCCCCCCAUCAUGGGCUCCUGAUGCACUCGAUGCUGCUGUUCAACUCGUGGAGCUUCUGCGGGCUGCUGAAGAAUAUGCAUCUGGGAUGAGACUGCCUCGGAACUGGAUGCAUUUGCAUUUCUUGCGAGCAAUUGGGACAGCGAUGUCUAUGAGAGCGGGGGUGGCUGCUGAUGCUGCCGCCGCUUUACUGUUCCGUAUACUAUCACAGCCUGCACUGCUUUUUCCCCCCCUGCGGCAAGUCGAAGGAGUUGAAGUUCAGCACGAACCAACGGGGGGUUAUAUUUCAUGCUACAGAAAGCAGAUAGAAGUUCCAGCAGCUGAGGCUACUAUAGAAGCCACAGCCCAAGGGAUCGCUUCGAUGCUAUGCGCCCACGGACCUGAAGUGGAGUGGAGAAUCUGUACCAUAUGGGAGGCCGCCUACGGCCUCAUCCCUCUGAGUUCCUCAGCAGUUGAUCUUCCUGAGAUCAUUGUGGCGACCCCGCUUCAACCACCGGUGCUUUCAUGGAACCUCUACAUCCCGCUCCUUAAAGUCCUUGAGUAUCUGCCUCGUGGCAGUCCCUCAGAGGCUUGCCUGAUGAAGAUCUUCGUUGCAACUGUGGAGGCAAUUCUCCAGAGAACAUUCCCGCCAAACGCUCCUUACCAUUCUGGGGUUGGGCCAACAUCGAAGAAUCUUGCAGUGGCAGAGCUCCGCACGAUGGUCCACUCGCUCUUCUUGGAAUCCUGCGCUUCGCUUGAGCUGGCCUCUCGCUUGCUGUUCGUAGUCUUAACUGUCUGUGUGAGCCACGAGGCGCAGUUCAAUGGAAGCAAGAGGCCCAGAGGAGAAGACACUGUUGUGGCAGCAGAGGGUUAUGAGGACCCAUCAAUAGUGUCUGAAGAUCGUGAGAAUCGGAGAGUGGCAAAAUCACGAAAGGUCAAGAAACAGGGUCCUGUGGCAGCAUUUGAUUCUUAUGUUCUUGCCGCAGUCUGUGCUCUUGCCUGUGAGCUGCAGUUGUUUCCUUUGAUCUCGAGAGGAGGAAGCAAUCGCUCAAACUGUAAGCAAAAUCUGGAGAAUCUACUGAAGCCUGCGAAGAAAAAUGGCUCAUCUGAUGGGCUGCAGAGUAGCUUCAAUGCGGCCACGCACCACACCCACCGAAUCCUUGCAAUCCUGGAGGCUCUUUUCUCAUUAAAACCAUCCUCAGUAGGGACCACAUGGAGCUACAGCUCAAACGAAAUCGUGGCUGCUGCUAUGGUGGCGGCACAUAUUUCUGAGCUGUUCCGACGGUCCAAGGCCUGUAUGCAUGCUCUCUCAGUCCUAAUGCGGUGCAAGUGGGAUAACGAAAUUUACACUCGGGCUUCCUCAUUAUACAAUCUCAUCGACAUACAUAGCAAAGCUGUUGCCUCGAUUGUGAACAAGGCGGAACCCCUCGAGGCACAUCUGUUGCAGGCACCUGUGUGGAGGGACUCGUUCCUCUGUUUCGACCAAAACCAACAGAAUUGUUCGAGCAGUAGUGGUUGCUUCGAAGUGGGACAGUCCUCCCUUCCUCGGGAUAAAUCAGUUAGCACUGAUGAUAUGGUGAGCUGUGAGGAGAAAUCAUUACAUCAAAAUCAUACUAGCUGUUCCUUUGGGAAAGGAAUUGCGAGCUUUCCACUGGAUGCUUCAGAUCUUGCAAAUUUCUUGACAAUGGACCGGCAUAUCGGGUUUAACUGCAGUGCUAAGGUUCUUCUGAGGUCAGUGCUCGUGGAGAAGCAAGAACUAUGCUUCUCUGUGGUUUCUUUGUUGUGGCGAAAGUUAAUUGCAUCACCCGAAAUUCAACCUUGUGCAGAAAGUACAUCUGCCCAGCAAGGAUGGAGACAGGUGGUUGAUGCUCUAUGUAAUGUUGUAUCGGCUUCACCAACAAAAGCAGCGGCAGCAGUCGUCCUUCAGGCGGAGAGGGAACUGCAACCUUGGAUUGCAAAAGACGACGAUCAGGGCCAAAAGAUGUGGAGGAUCAACCAAAGGAUCAUCAGACUGAUCGUGGAGCUCAUGAGGAAUCAUGAGAGGCCUGAGUCACUGCUGAUCCUUGCAAGUGCUUCAGAUCUCCUUCUCCGUGCCACCGAUGGGUUGCUCGUCGAUGGAGAAGCUUGCACUCUACCCCAACUUGAGCUGCUUGAGGUAACAGCUAGAGCAGUUCAACCCGUGCUGGCCUGGGGUGAAUCGGGGUUAGCAGUCGCUGAUGGUCUUUCAAAUCUCCUAAAGUGCCGGAUGCCCGCCACCGUAAGGUGCCUGUCUCAUCCGAGCGCACAUGUCCGCGCCCUAAGCACGUCCGUCCUCCGGGAUAUACUCCACACAAGUACCAUCAACUCCAAGCACAAGCCGAGGCAAAGGAACGGAAACCACGGUCCUUACCAGUUAUUCAAUGUAGAUGCAGUCGACUGGAAGGUGGACAUGGAGAAAUGCCUGACGUGGGAGGCCCACAGCAGGCUCUCUAGCGGAAUGUCUCUCCAAUUCCUCACCACAGCUGCAGAUGAAUUAGGUUGUACGGUCCUGGUAUGACAUCGACCUUAGUUUCCCAUCGGUGCUCAGAAUAUAUCAAUUAGAAUCCCUCACAGUAUGGAGAUAGUGUACAGUAAGACGGUCGAUGGGCUCGAUAUGGUUUGCCUUUGUGAUUUCCGAUUUUUUGUUUCCCGAUAACGUCUUGAUUUAGUGAGACCUAUGUAUUGUUUGAUGAUGCCCGGAUCCGUAUAUGGUGAAAUAGGUUGUAAUUUGAGAAUUCUUUAGUUCUAGCAGCUAACCUUUUCUGCAAUGUUUGCCAGAACAUAGCAAUAAGAGUGUGAACUAUGAAUCUUUAACAUUUGUGAAC